AUGAUGCCGACACGUGCCAUGUGUGCGUCAUCGCUGAAGACCUUCAUGGCCAGAAGAGCAGGGAGAGCUAAAAAGGAGCAAGAUGGUGGAGAUGAAAAGAAGCCUGUGCAGAAGAAGAAGGUGAAAGAGCUGAAAGUUCUUGACACCAAGUCUUCACAGAACCUCUCCAUAUUCCUGGGAUCCUUCCGUGUCCCUUAUGAAGAGAUAAAGAAUGCCAUCCUGCAGGUUAAUGAGAAGAUCCUGACAGAGUCCCUGGUUCAGAACCUGAUCAAACAACUGCCAGCACCAGAUCAGCUGAAUAUUCUGGGAGAGAUGAAGGAUGAAUAUGAUGAUUUGGCUGAGUCUGAGCAAUUUGGAGUAGUGAUGUCCGGUGUGAAGCGGUUGAUGCCACGGCUCCAAGCCAUCCAGUUCAGGCUGCAGUUUGAGGAGCAGCUGAACAACAUUAAGCCAGAUAUUGUGUCUGUGACAGCAGCCUGCGAGGACCUGAGGAAAAGUGAAACCUUCUCCAAGUUGCUUCAGAUCAUCCUCCUUGUUGGAAAUUAUAUGAAUGCUGGCUCCCGCAAUGGAAAGGCAUUCGGCUUUUCUAUAUCGUAUCUGUGCAAGCUGCGUGACACCAAAUCAGCUGAUCUGAAGCAGACACUGCUCCAUUUUCUGGCUGAUGUGUGCCAGGAGCAGUAUCCCGAUAUCAUGAGCUUUCCUGAUGAGCUCAUCCAUGUGGAAAAGGCCAGCAGAGUUUCUGCUGAGACACUUCAGAAGAAUCUGGAACUCAUGGGCCGUAACAUCAAGAACUUGGAGAAAGAUAUAGAAACUUUCCCCCCUCCACAAAAUGACAAGGACCUUUUUGUGGAAAAGAUGUCCAUAUCCUCCUCAUUCACAUAUCUUCACAGCUUUGUGAGCCAUGCCAAGGAACAGUUUGAGAAGCUGGAUCUGUUGCACAAAAACAUGGAGAAGCAAUACUUCGAUUUGGGAAACUAUUUUGUCUUUGAUCCGAGAAAAAUGUCAGUGGAGGAGUUUUUUGGAGAUCUUAACACCUUCAAAAACAUGUUCCAGGAAGCGGUGAAAGAGAAUCAGAAGAGGAAGGAGGCUGAAGAGAAGAUCAAGAGGGCCAAGCUGGCCAAAGAAAAAGCACAGAAGGAAAAGGAGGAGAAACUUAAAAGGAGCCAGGUUCUUGACAUCAACGCAGAGGGUGAUGAAACUGGUAUCAUGGAUGGCCUGUUGGAGGCUCUGCAGUCCGGGGCUGCGUUCAGGAGAAAGAGAGGACCACGGCAAGCAGCAAACCACCGACGAGCUGGUCAUGCAGUGACCAACAUCCUGGCCAAAGAGCUGAUGCAGGAGGACACGCCUUCGUUUAGUAAAGGGAAGGCAAAGUCAGAGAAGGAGGAGCCAAAACAGGAGGGAGCAGAGUCCUUAGAGGAGCUGCUGGAGGCUUCCCAUUCUCGGUCAAGUUAGUCUCCAAGUUAGAAAGAUUUUACUCAGUCAGUGCUAUUCAAUACAGAUAGAUCAUUCUACGGCAUUUGAGGGGCCAAUAUCAGACUGACUUCAUUUUACUGCAGUUUUCCAUCACUUUUAUGAGAAGGACCUUGUUUUAGGACGGUGUUGAUUUUCCUAUGGGAUGACUGCUUCCCCCUCAGCCUCCAUUAUGUUGUCUGCACCAACAUUUUGAGAUUUGCCAGUGUCAUAAGGAUCUGAUUGCUUCCUUCAUCAUAUGCACAUAACUGUUCUUGUCUUUUUGCAUGUCACAAUUAGUCUUUAAUUCAUCAUUUAUAUUACCUACACUCAUCGAAGGGCACCAUUCCAAAUAUCUACUCAGGAGGGAUCCACACUUUUUUGUUUAGUUUUUUUCUGUGUUGUCAUCAUUCCCAAACGUCCCACUGGUGGUUCAGUGUGCUCUCUGGAUAUUGAAGCCUUGCCUUUGAGCUUCCUCUGUUUUGUCCAAAAACAGAUGAAAUGUAAUUUUGUAGCUUUUGUUUUUCAUUACUGUUUCCUACGGUUUGAAUUAUUUUGCUGUAUACAUCACAAAGUGCCAACCGAUUUAAAGACCAGUGUUACUAUUUCACUUGUAUGUGCGCCCACUUACAGUUCACGCCGGACUGGCUUGUGGGUCACCUUAUCAACAGCACUCGUCACCUGCGUUUGUGUUUCAGAGGGCUUUUUCGUUCCCUCUGCUAGGGGAUUAAACUCACAGAUGAACGUAUGAUUUGGAAUUGCUAUGAAAAUGGUGAUCACUUACAUCAGGAAUUUGUUGCAGCUAUGGAAAUGGAAAGCAUUUAUUUCUAGCAUGUUCUUAUCCACCCUGCAGGGAAGUAAAUGAAGAUGGGAGAGUCAAACCAAAAAAGGGUGUUUCCAAACAAAUAUGCUGUAGCCUAGCAGUUUACAUGCCUGUGUUUUUUUUAUGUAUGUAUGUAAAAUCUGAGUGUGAAAUUAGCCGCCUAUAUUUAGUUUUGUGUGCACAAUCAACUUUCUCAAUGAAAGUUUGAGUCUGUGUGCAUAUCCAUCUGUAAUUACUGUAUGGUACCAGCCAUGCUGUCAUGAAUGAUAGCGUUGUGGUCUUUCUGCUGAGAAUAUAGCACACUGGAAAAUAGCCCAGAAACCGCUGAGAGAAGUAUGUGUGUUUGUUCACUUGUCAGCGUGUGUUCACCACUCUCCCUCCCACUGAAAUGCAACAGUAGUCUCUGAAUGUCUGGACUUGCUCCUAUUUGUAUUUUCCAGCCAUCAGCAUGGGUGUUGCCAUGGUGUUGGAGCGUAAUAUCUGACACGGAGUAUGAGUGGUGACGUCAGCGGCUCCAUUCAAUAAAUAUUCCUAUGCAAAACCAUCAAUGAGGUGAUACAGGGACAGCUCCUGGAUGUAUAAAGCAUCAGUGCUUCACACAGCUGCUGGCUGAAUGUGAGGAGUACUCCUAUUAGAAAUUAAUGUUUUUUUUUGUUUUUUUUAGGAAGUGGCACUUAAACACCAUCAAGAGAAUGUCUGUAACGGUUAUAGGCCCUUUUUCUGAUUGGGUGCUGGUGUUUUGUUUUAAUCCAGAAAAAAUAAACUUUCCGGUAAUAUGCACAAAAUUUCUCAUCAGACAAAAACGCCGUUAUGUCUGUAAUAUUUUCCCCCCGAGUUCAACAGAUGACACCAGGUGACCGCGGGGACCCGAUACUGGAAGUGAAAGAGAGGCAGAUUGAUAGACUGGAACAGAUCUAAGCAUCACUGGAUUAUUUGUCCUGAUUUGAGCUCUUCCUUUUGUUCAGUAAUGUUUUUUCAUUUUUAAGAGAUUGUUUUCUAUUUUAAUUUUAAUGAUUAUUUUUAACGUAUUGGAAUGGAAAUUGCUUUUGUUUGUUUUUUUCCUUUCAAAGAUUGCUUUAUGGAUACAGGAUAGUGCACACCUUCAUUCUGUUUGUUACACCGAACCAUUAAAGAUGUCUU